AUGGUUCGGCUGAACGAAAUUAAUCAUAUAUUGAAUUGUAGAAGGCUUUGCAACCAAUUUAUAGUUGAUGUUUACGCUAAAAUUGAGUCUGAACGAUUGAAUUUUAUUCGAUUUAAUCAGAAAAAGUUAAAAUCCGAACAAUAUAUUCAUUUGCGCGAUGCAAUUCAGAAUGAUGGGAAUAUCAACGAUAUUGGCCAAAUGACAAUAUUACCAGCAACAUAUACUGGAAGUCCACGACACAUGCACGAGUACGCGCAAGACGCAAUGACGUACGUUCGGCAUUAUCAUCGACCCGAUUUAUUUAUUACAUUCACCUGUAAUCCUCAAUGGAAUGAAAUAAAGCAAUAUAUGUUUCAUGGUCAAAGUGCUUCUGAUCGCCACGAUAUUGUUGCGCGUGUGUUCAAGCAAAAAUUGAAAACGCUUAUGGAUUUUAUUGUCAAACAACAAGUGUUUGGAAAAGUUCAAUGUUGGAUGUAUUCUGUGGAAUGGCAGAAAAGAGGACUUCCGCAUGUACAUAUUUUGGUUUGGUUAGUUGAUAAAAUUACGCCAAAUGAAAUUGAUAGCGUAAUAUCAGCCGAAAUUCCUAAUCCAAUCAUUGAUCCAGGACUGUUUGAAUCAGUUACGAAGCACAUGAUUCAUGGACCAUGUGGGGCAUUAAAUGUCAACUCACCGUGCAUGGCUGAAGGAAAAUGCACAAAACGGUACCCAAGAGCAUUAAUAGCGGAAACAAUUUCUGGUAAUGAUGGUUAUCCGUUAUAUCGUAGGCGUUCACCUAAAGAUGAUGGCGAAACAGUUAUGGUGAAAUGCAAAAAUCAAGACAUUAAAAUUGACAAUCGUUGGAUCGUUCCAUAUUCGCCGCUAUUGUCCAAAACUUUUGGUGCUCAUAUAAAUGUUGAGUAUUGUAACUCAGUAAAAUCUAUCAAGUACAUAUGCAAAUAUGUUAACAAAGGAAGUGAUUUGGCCUAUUUUGGAAUUGCUGGGGAUAAAAGUGAUGAAAUCACUUCAUAUCAAUUAGGCCGUUAUAUUAGUACAAAUGAAGCAAUAUGGCGAAUUUUUUCAUUUGCAAUACACGAAAGGUAUCCAACUGUACUGCACUUGGCAGUUCAUCUUCAGAAUGGUCAACGUGUGUACUUCACCCCUGAGAAUGCGGCGCAACGAGCAGAACAGCCACCGAAAACAACGUUGACUUCAUUUUUUGAUCUGUGCAGAAAUGACGAAUUUGCUAAAACGUUAUUGUAUUCUGAAGUGCCACGAUAUUUCACAUGGAAUGAAUCUGCGAAAGUUUUUCAAAGACGGAAACAAGGGCAACCAGUACGAGGCCAUCCAAAUGUAUUUUCUACAGAAGCAUUGGGUCGUGUGUAUACCGUUCAUCCAAAUCAGGAUGAAUGUUUUUAUUUGCGUUUAUUAUUGAUUAACGUUCGUGGUCCUACGUCAUUUGAAGAUUUAAGAACAGUCAAUGGUGAAUUGUGUGCGACUUAUCGGCAAGCAUGCCAGCGUUUGAAUCUACUUGAAGAUGAUAUGCAUUGGGAAGCUACACUUGCUGAUUCCGUAAUUUCAUCAUCUCCACAUCAAAUACGAACAUUAUUUGCAAUUAUAAUAUCUACAUGCAGUCCAUCAAAUCCACUUGAAAUAUGGCAUAAAUUUCGUGAUGACAUGACGGAAGACAUUUUACUUCGAGUGCGACGUUCAGUUUCAAAUCCUGAAUUAGAAAUCACACCGGAAAUGCAUAACGAAGCUUUGAUUUUGAUUGAAGACAUGUGUAUAAUGAUUGCAAACAGAAUAUUAGUGCAGUUAGGAAUGAUAGCGCCUAAUCGUGUAGUUCAUGAUGUUAUUAAUCAAGAAAUGCAUCGUGAACAACAAUAUGAUCGUAAUCAAUUGAGAACAUUUGUGCAGUUAAAAGUUCCACAAUUGAAUAGUCAACAGAAAUAUGCUUAUGACAAAAUCAUGGAAGGUGUGAACAAUGAAGAAGGUGGAUUUUACUUUAUUGAUGCACCAGGAGGCACUGGAAAAACAUUUUUGCUGUCAUUGAUUCUGGCAACCAUACGAUCGGAUAAUAAAAUUGCUUUUGCAGUUGCUUCAUCUGGAAUUGCUGCUACCUUAUUAGACGGUGGUCGAACUGCGCAUUCUGCAUUUAAAUUGCCUUUGAAUAUAACAACGAUUGAAUCUCCUACGUGCAACAUUUCCAAAACGUCGGCAAUGGCAAAAGUUUUGCAGCAGUCUAAGAUAAUCGUAUGGGACGAAUGUACAAUGGCUCACAAAAGAUCAUUAGAAGCAUUAAAUCGAACCAUGCAAGAUCUUCGAGGAAAUGAAAGACUUUUUGGUGGCGCCUUUAUAUUGUUAUCAGGUGAUUUUAGGCAAACUUUACCUGUCAUUCCACGAUCUACUGCUGCUGAUGAGCUAAACGCAUGUUUGAAGUCUUCAGUUUUGUGGAAAUAUGUUAAAACAUUGCGUCUUAAUCAAAAUGUACGUGUACAAUUGCAAAAUGAUCCUUCUGCAGCUGAAUUUUCAAAACAACUUUUGGAAAUUGGGAAUGGUAAAGUUGCAGUAGAUAAAUCAACCGGAUUAAUAACAUUACCAAGCAAUUUUUGUAAUAUCACUCAAUCGAAAAAGGAGCUGGUUCAACGUGUGUUUCCAAAUAUAUUGCAGAACUACAGGAAUCAUGAUUGGUUGAGCGAACGCGCAAUAUUGGCAGGAAAAAAUAAAGACGUGAGCGAUUUAAAUGCAAGUAUUUUGCAAGAAAUAGAUGGCCAAUUUUUUGCAUACAAAUCAGUGGAUACGAUAAUAAAUGAAGAUGAGGUAGUGAACUAUCCUACUGAAUUUUUGAACUCACUUGAUUUGCCAGGCUUGCCAUCGCAUUAUUUGGCAUUGAAAGAGGGAGCACCGAUAAUAAUGCUCCGAAAUAUAAAUCAACCACGGCUUUGUAAUGGCACCAGACUUUCCGUGAAAAAACUGAUGGCCAAUUUAAUUGAAGCAACUAUUCUGAGUGGUAAAUAUAGAGGCGAAAACGUUCUAAUCCCCCGAAUUCCAAUGAUUCCAUCAGAUAUGCCAUUUGAAUUUAAACGGCUUCAAUUUCCUGUCCGUCUUGCCUUCGCUAUAACCAUUAAUAAAGCUCAAGGUCAGACUUUGAAUAUUUGUGGCUUAGAUUUGGAGCAACCUGUUUUCUCGCAUGGACAAUUGUAUGUUGGUUGUUCACGUUGUGGUAAACCCUCUGCAUUAUUUAUAAACACAAAAGAUGGAAAAACUAAAAACGUUGUUUAUCAAAGAGCAUUAAGUUAA